AUGGCGUCGAUUUCUCUCUCGUCAUCUACGAUCCCGUCGCUGAAUUCGAAAGAAUCCUCUACCGUCUCUCCUUUCGUUUCGCGGUCUAUCUCUGCCGUCAAGUUUCAGUUUCCGGUUCGUCGGGUUCGAACCGGAGACUUGAAGUUUUCCUCCUUCUCUUCAAGGAAUCGAUCCACUCCUCGCCCUAUUGAAGCCAAGAAGCAGACAUACGACUCGUUCGAGGACCUUCUCGUCAACUCUGACAAACCUGUUCUUGUUGACUUCUAUGCAACCUGGUGUGGUCCGUGCCAGUUCAUGGUUCCAAUACUGAGUGAAGUGGGAGCAACCUUGAAAGACAAGAUCCAGGUGGUGAAGAUCGAUACAGAGAAGUAUCCGAUCAUUGCCAAUAAGUACAAGAUCGAAGCACUUCCUACAAUCAUCCUCUUCAAAGAUGGAGAGCCUUGUGAUCGCUUUGAAGGUGCUUUGACUGCUAAACAACUCGUCCAACGAAUUGAAGAUUCUCUUGAAGUGAAGCCAUAG